AUGAUCGCUAAAAGUGAUUUUUCUUGUAGUGAUAGUGGUGACGUCGAUGAUAGUCAUGGAGGUGGUGCCGGUGGUGGAGGGUAUGAUGAUAGGAGCGGAGGUGGUGGUGGUUUAGGGGGUUUAGGGGGACACCAUGGUGGAGGUUGUGGUUUCAGUGGUGGUGGGUUUAGGGGGGAUAUCGGUCAUGGUCAGCCUGGGAGAGGGGAGGGGAGCCAUGUAGGAGGUGGAGUGCAUGGGGGACAUGACGUAGGCGGCAAUGUCUCUGGUCACGGAUUUGGAGACUACUUUAUCGGGAUUCCUACGUGUGACAAGAGUCUGGCUGAGCAUCAGACGUACAUUAGCCUAGGUCAGAUGCUGUCUGAGCUGAUGGGCAGUGAGGGUCUUGAUGCGAAAUUUGGUGGGUCACAUUUCUUUGAUGAAAUUAGUAUGAUCAUGCAAGAGGAUGAGUUGGCCAGACGCAGAUCUCCAAUAGUUGGAUCCCAGGCUCGGGUUGAUGUGGACUUGAAUGAGCCCCCUUCCGGACCUAUGGACACCCCCAUCUGUGUUCCUAGCACCUAG